AUGGCUGUGCACCGCACAGAGUUCCCAGCUGACAGAGGGCUCCGAACCGCCCACGGGUCCGACCUGAGGCAGGCCCGAGCCCCGCCCCGGCCCCUCACCCGCCUCCUGGGCGGCACCCAGGCGGUGGCCCAGCAGGCGGCGCCGGGCAAGAAGCGGAUGGCGGCCACUGCGCAGGCUUGCGCGGCGUCCCUGUCCGGCCCCGCGAGCGCGCGCAGCAGCACAGACCACUCGGCGGCCGGCGCCACGGUCCGGUUCCUGCGCCGAGGCCGGGCCCUAGGGACCCGGCUCGGGGCGCAGGGACCUCGGAGCCGCGGGGAGGACCCAGGUGGAGGCGCACGUGCCACGGCCAGGCGCCCCCCAGAAUGCGGGCGGAGAGCUCGGGGCGCCCGAAGUCUGCAGUGCGGAGUUCCGGGAACCAGAGCCUACCUGGGGCCCAUUCCGGAGGCCCAGGGUCCAAGGCCCCCGGCCGCUUCCGGACCCAGCUCUCCAGGUUCCUCUCGGGUAGGACAGGAGCUGGCAGCCAGAGGAGAAGAUGCUGGUGACUUCCAGCCCCGAGUUUGCGCUCUGGACCCACCGCUCCCUUCCAGCCCCUUCCAGCCCCGCCAGCACCCGCACCGCGCCUUGGCCACCCUGCCUCUGCCCGGGACUUUCCCCCAGCGCAGCCGCCUUCCGCGAGACCCCGAGGGCUCUUGGGGUGGGACUGAAGGCUGGGAGACCAGGAGGCAGGCGCGGCUGGAGAGAGCCCUGGCUCUGUCGGCUCUCACUGUUCCCCGGGCUGAACCUGGACUUACGGACUCAAGUAAUGGGGACUACAGAAUCUGCCGCCUCUGGUCUCCUGGCCAAAACAUUGUCUUGCUAAAUUACCGCGGAAGCACGGGCGGUCUGGGGUUCCAGGUGCCUGCGGGCUGCUCAGUGGGGCGGUCCUCUGAGCGGCGCUUGCCUCAGACAGUAGAGACGGCCGCGCGCCUCAUCCCGGCCCUGACUGAGGGCCGAGGCUGGAGGUUCAGCGACCGAGUGAGCGCCUGGCUGGAGAAGAUCUCAGGCUGUAGUUUAGUGUGCAAACCCUCGGUUCAAUCCCAGUUCCGCCCCAAACCAAACCAAACCAAAAUAAAAAACAAAAACAGGGGCCAGGGAUGUGGCUCAGUGGUCCCAGAGUCUGCCCGGCCAGCGCAAGGCCCUGAGUCCGAUCUCGGUACCCAAAACCGAAAUCGACACCGAAACCAGGUUGGGACUACUGAGUCCACCCGCUGCUGGUGCCAUCGAGAUGUGCCUUGGAGCGGCCCGGGGGUGGGGUGGGGUGGAGAGUAACUUCCUCCUCGGCCCCUCGGGACCCCAUCUUGCGCCGGGGCCGGGGAGCCCCCUCCAGCACCGCGUCCCGGCUUCCUGCCCGGUUCCGGCCCCGCGCGGCUGAACGCCGGCCCGAGCUGGCCCGGACCCAGCCUGCGAGCGCCCCGCG